AUGGGAUCUGGAGGCUCCAAGAAAGCACAGAAAUCCUCAGACCCAACUCCGGAGAAGGAAACUCCGCCAGAGAAGCCAGCUGAGUCGAGCACAGAGAAGCCGGCUGAGCCGAGCGCCACGCCGGCAGAGCCGGUUGAGUCGGGCACCACGCCAGCAGAGCCGAUGAUGCCUGUGCCCGUCACGGAUGAUGGCCCUUACCGUAUCGUGGACCCUCCGGACGACUUCGUUGUUGAAGGGCUCAAGGUUUGCGCAGGAGCACUCGAAGAUCAUGGUGAUGUCCGUGAGGGAAAGGUGCUUCAGGUCGCCAAACAUCCCGGGGAGCACGUGAUGAAAUACUGGCUCAAGGUUGAGUAUGGACCGCACAUCGCCUUCGUUCACACCCUCAUGAGCUGCGGGUGGACCUCUGACCACGUCAUUCGAGAGGUUGGCGAUGCUCAGUUUCCACCGGAUCCUCAAAAUGUGCCAGCAAGCGAGACGGCUCCGCGGGCCGAAGCCGAGGCGGCGGCGGCGGAUGCGGCAGAUUUGGAAGUUCCCGGGCCCGGAGGAGACGAGCCCUACACGAUCUUUCUCGUCGAGCAGAUCAUGGAUGCUCCGGAAGCCUUUAUACUCGAGAGCCUCCAAUCGUGUGAGUCCACGGCCGUCCAGGAGGGGAAGGUCAUCCAGGUCGCGAAGCACCCGUCGGAGCAUGUGAUGCAGUACUGGCUCAAGGUGGGUGAUGCUUCAUUCCCACCCGAUCCUCGCAACCUUCCCACGUCGAAAGCCGUGCCCCUUCCGGAUUUGAAGCCUGGCGACUACGACCAGGAAUUUGUCGAUCCGUCUCACUUGGAUGCAAUCGCCACCAACGCCGACUUGAAGAGCAUCUUCCCCGAAGCCUCCAGUGGACAGGUGAGGAGCAUCUGGCGUGGCGCAGCCGGCUUUUGGCUGGAAGUUACGGCCGAAGCAGAGGACGAGCCUGAGCGCUACGGGGCCCACUUCGUUGAGCCCGAGCCAGGAAGUCAGCAGUAUGUUCUCACCUGCGCUGUGAGGCUGCCCAAGGACGAAGAAUUUCCCCCCGAGCCCCGCACCACGCGUGGAAAAGCCGUAGCAUUUAACACCCCGUAG